CAUGUACGUAUGUGCCUGGCCACAGCCAAACUGUACACAAUCAUUAAGGACUUUUGUGUUAUUACGUGUCUUGGUCAAAGGUGGUGCAAUACGUCGAAAUCGCAUUCUUGCUCGGCUCGGGAUUUCUGCAAGUUUUAUGUACCGGUAUAUAUAGUCGCCUGUCAGAAAUUAACAAUCAUUUGAAAAUUUCAUCUAAAGUUAUGGGGCAGGCGCAGGCUACUGUUAAUUGUGCAAUUGGACUUGAAUAGAUCACCAUCACAAUCAGUCAUGUUGUGUGCAGUAGAUCUACAGUCUACAGAACACAGUUAGAGAGAGCGAUGCCGAUAUACCAGUGGUAGAUAUAUCAUAAUCAUAUAUCAUAUGUAUUGAUUUGAAGCGAAAUGAAACAUUGGAGAGCUGAGUUCGUAGCUGAAUGCAUUAGUCUAGUCAAUAUCAACAGUGAGAUUGAAAGUCACAGACAUAAUUAAUUAUCCAUCCAGGCUCUUUUCUGCAUCUCCAGAUUAUAUUGUGAAUUCCAGUCUGAAUUGGACAUCAAGAUUUUUCUCUGAUGACAUAAUUGUGACAUCAAGCAAUUACCACUUAAUCAUUUCUUGUUGAACUUGGAGUUAGUUAAAUUGAAGAUCAAAUCAACAUGGCGACUGAAAGGACCAUUGCCAGAGACUUUCAUGACUUGAUGAAGAACAUCAAGAGCUUCUCUGACGGCCAGGCUGCCGUCACUAAGUGGGAUGACGAAAAUGUUGGGACCUUUGAAGUCACCAUCUCACCAAAUGAUGGAUUCUUUAGGGAAGGGGAGUUUGUUUUUGAGAUUGUGAUGGAAUCCUGUGAUGAUCUCCCAAGAUUCUACUGUAAGACGGCCAUCUACCAUCCCAACAUCGACACCAUGCAAGAUCCCGAUGGCGAAAUAUGCCUCAAUCUCUUUGACCCUGACAUGUGGACGUCAGACAGCAGCAUGCAGGAUAUCGUCCAGGGCUUGCUGUUCUUGAUUUACAACCCGAACUUGGAGGAUCCCCUGUGCGGCGUGGUCUCAUCCACGGACAUGGAAGAAUUUGGGAGGGAUGUUGAAAAGUCGAUAGCGGGCGGAAGAAUCGGUGACUUUCAGUUCCCCGUGAACGCAAGGUAUGCAAGGCUGCAUCCUCCUGCGGAUAAGCAGGUGGAUAAUAAGGAAGAGGAGAAGGGGGAUGAGAAGGCAGAUGAGAGAGGGAGUGGGAAGGUAGGAAAGGAUGGACAGAUAGAUGGAGGAAAGGAAGGAGAGAAGGAUGGAGAGAAGACUGGACUGAUAGAAGAAGUGAAGGAAGGUGAUGAAGGAGAGAAGACAGGAGCGGAUGGAUGCAAGGAAGACAUGGAGGAAAAGAUUGAAGAGCACUCGGAGGAUAGAUACUUCGGGAUCAAAGAGUACAUGCCAUAUGCGGAUGAUGAUCAAGGUCAUGAUGACGAGGAGGAUGUUUCUGAUGAGGAAGACGACGAGGGGAGUGAUAAUGAUUCCUGCAUGCUCUACGAUGACCUCAGCAUUGACUAUGAUAGCGAUGUCGUGAACGAUGAGGACCUCUUCGAUCUCAUCGAUGAGAUGAAUAACCAAGAGGGUCAUGUAGAUGAUGAAAACCGCAAGAACCUUGAUGACUCUGAAAGUGUCAUCAGUUGGAGCAAGAUGGUCUAUGGGGCAGAAAAUAAAUCUUAUGUUGACAAACUACAAGUUCUAAUUGAGGACCUAUCCACUGGCCUAAAUAAUAGUACUUCUUCCCAAGUGGCGUUUAAGGAACCUGGAAAUGCUGCUGGAUCAGCAUCUACCGGAGUUCUUCCAAGAGCUCAGAGAACUACUGUUGAAUCGCGAUUCUACCACGCCCUACAGACUCGUGCCUUCAGAAGAUGGUUGGUUUGAUGAUGAUGUCAUAGGGGAAGCGCGAUGGCUCAGUGGUAGAACAAUUUCAGUGCGCUCAUGCCCUAAUUUGGUAAAGCAUUUAAAUUCCUCAUAACCAAGUCCCUCAAAGAGGGCUUAGAGCCGUUAGUCCUCUGGUUGCUUACUUACAAUUGAUGCAUACACAUGUUUUCUUAGCAGUCGGGUAAAAAAAAAAACUAAUGGUGAUGAAUGCUGUAAAUCUGAACCCCAAUUGGUCUCAGACUUUUCAGACUGGAAGUAUUGAUACUACAUGCAUACAUCACAUGCAAACAGACUGUAUAAGGUUCAAUCCAGACAUCCUUCCAAAAAGUUGGUACAUGUAUGGAGCACUGAAUGUACAUAAUCACAAGUUCACUCAUUCUUGCCAAAUUUCCACUUCAUGAAGAUGGAUAAGUUUGGUCUCUGUUCAAUGUUUAUAGUUUAUACAGUGGAACCUCCGUUAUAACAAGAUCCUUUGGACCCUAAGGAAUAUGUUGACAUCAGGGUAAAAAAACAAAAGAAUGUAAAGAGCUCGGACCAGCAAAAUCACCUUGUUCAAGAAUCAAGAUCAUUUAUUGUCAUGUAAGAAAUACAUAAAAUUCAUUUUUGGACAUUUGAAGGUGCAUACAUGCAUGUACAUGUAAAUGAAUAAAUACAUAUAAAAUAAUUACCAGAUACCUCGUUAUACCGGAGCUCUUUAAAAUGAGGUUCCACUGUAUAUCCCUAAUCAGUCUGAGACAUAUAUGUGACUUCUUAUAGGAAUGAGUGCAGUUGUGAAAAUAUGAGUAACAUGUUUUUCUUUCAAGGGUAUUAUUUACGUUUGGGCCCAACUAUACAUGUGCAGGCCCAUUCUUGGCCGAUAAAUUUGUCUUCCAUUCUUGUAUAGCUAACUGGUGGCAUUAAUAGAUAUGUCUUCAGGUUCAUGAUUAGAUUUUGGCGGUAACUACAUAAAUAAGAGAACUUUUCUAUAAAGGAAAUACAUUUGUUUGUUAAAAAAUUAUUAUACUAAAAAAGAUUAUCGCCUCCAGAAUUGUUGUCCCAUGAUUAUGUAUCUGUACUAUAUGCACUAUCGUAGUUAAUUUCCUGUUUUGUAUGUGUACUUUUAACUGAAAAGUGCUGUUCAAAUGUGUCCAUUCGUGUGGCAUACAAUGCUCAAAACCACAGCUUUCAAACAUAUGAAUACAAUUGAAUGCUUUGUCAUGUCAUGUACUGUAGGUGAAUUUGAUGUUACACCAUCGUUUGUUAUAUUUUGCCUAUUUUAUCAAAUAUUGUGUUGAGUAUAGUGUGCAAUAAAUCAUUUUGUCUUUUCUAAAAAAAUAUUCCUUUCCACCAGGGCCCCGUCUUACCAAAAAGUUGCUAUUGAUCUAAAUCAAUUGCAAGUCCUCCAAUCAAUCACAAGUAUGCAGUCUCCUAUCUCUUAUGUACAUACAUGUAGUUGCGAUUGAUAUCGACUCUUCGUAAGACGGGGCCCUGAAUUUAUAUAUCCAGCUUAAUGCAGUGGCCUUUUUAAAGGGAUAACAGAUUAACAGGCAGAAAAAGAUUUUGCCCAUUUAUGUAGGAAAAAAGAUAGUAUUUUGUAAUUUCUUUAUAUCACAGGAUAUUUUUGUUAAAUUAAAUUUAAAAUGUAAUCAAAUUAUUUAGCCUUGUGGUGCCUAUUGGUCAUCUAUACCUUACUAUUGAUUCUCUCUAUUUUUGGGAUUGUUUUGUAAGAAAAUGAUUUAAAGAAACUGCAUUUGCUCAAUACAAAUAUGUAGUCAGUCUGCAGGUUCAGAUUUUGUUUAGACACUUUUUCAAAACUUAAUAUAAUUUUGUGUAAAGGAGAUUAGCACUUGUAUAUCCUGCUGCAUAUCAUUAUUUUCAUGGUAUUUUGUAUGUAAUGUUCUUAGAACUUUCUGUAAUCAUGAUGUAUUACAAAUUGUUAUCAUUCGAGACUAUUGAUAUUUAAAAAAUCUUAGUCAUUAUUCAUGAGUGCGGAAAUUGAUUGUAUAUCAGUUGAACAAUUCAAAAGAGAAUCCAAAAGUAACAUUUUGGUGAAUGUUAUUACUGCCAGAUCAUUGGAUCAUGUAAUAAAAAUGUAUACAAAAGUAUGUA